UCAUUGGGGUCAUGGUGACCGAGUGGCUUAUGCGAAAGCGUGGACUGCCUGGAAGUUCAAGCCGGACAUCUCAGGGCGCAAACCGUCUAGCCCGGAUUUCGAGUGGACUGACCCCAGGACGAUCUUCUUCGAGGGUUAUCUGGCUGCCGUUGCUAGUCGGUAUUCUGCCAUCGAGCUUGACCAUACUUUGGGUACUUUCAACACCUCGAUCACCAACCUUGUACACCAAGUCUCAAGCUACCAUCGAAUUUCUGGAAUCAUGCUCUGACCCUACAGCUGUGAACUUUACUUCUCAUGGUGCAUAUCAUGACUUCUUUGUUGCGUGCGAUGCAGUGCAGAAUCGUAUGAACGCAGACAUUGGAGGUAUUGGUAUUAGAAUCUCCCUUUACGUAUCGUUGGUGGUGACUAUCUUCUCAUCUCUUGGUGGACACUUUCACCAGGAGAAAACAGCUGUCAAGGAUAUCGGCACUGCCCAGCUUGCAUCUUUGAACUUCUGGCAGCUCAUGGUCGCCGUCAUGUCUCUCGAGAUCACCAGCGCAACCGUACAGAUAUCCCUGUCACAAAAGGAAACUCUAGCAUCUCGCUGGUGGGUCGUACUCAAUUCCGUCUCUCAGCUGCUUGUACAGGUUUCCCUAGCUACCGUGCUCGGCAUGUCUUUCCCUAUGUCUUCUGCUCUGCAAGAUCCGUGCCAACCCUGUGUACGAGCAGUGUGGUGGGGUAUUUUCGACUCUUGCAAAAAUGUUCCUUGGACGUUUUGGAUCUACUGGACUAUGCGUACCUUGAUCGUCAUACGAUCAUGCGCCAUCGGACUCCAUCAUAUGCACUACUACGAUCUCUCAGAGCGUAUCGCAAGGGGUGAGAAGGCGACUACGAAGACUAGCUGGACCAAUUCUCUCCUCCGCUAUUUGACUUUGACGGACCCAAACAACCAAAGUCUGGAGCCUGGAGGCGUUCCACAGAAUGCCUGCGACUACGUUGACCGACUGGAUCCUGUGGGUGUUGCCUGCUGUUGUGGCCAUGUCAAGUAUGGAGCGCAUGCUAUCACUUUUGAUCUAUCAAAGCCCGGCAGCAUCACAGAUUGGGGACAGACUACAACAUUCAUGGCCGUGAUUUUUGGACUCGUCGCUCGAUCCAUCUAUCUGUUUUACGCCAAGUUGAAACGCCGAAGCUGUCUGGAGAGAACAAAAUCUGCAUUGGAGCUCUCGAAGUCGCCCAUAGCUCGGAAGGACAAUCCAUCCGCCGAGGACUUCGCGACUCUUCAAAGCAAAUGGCAGUCUUUCCGGGAUAUUCGCAAAAUCUUGGAGCCCAUCGACUGUGUUCGGUGGACAUCCCCUGACCAAGUCUGGUACGAACAUAUUGACUUGGACAAAGUCGAAAAAGAGUUCCUCGAGUCAGCUAGAAUGAACGACGUCAAAGGUUUGAUCGACUUCGCUAAGUACAUACCCGAUAUCUCGACGGCUGUCGAUAAUGAUAUGGAAAGGACUGCAUUGCAUAUAGCUCUGCAUAAUAAUAGCACCGAGGCUAUCGAAACCAUUAUGGAGCUCAUGGAUCGAAAGCCACCUUCUGAAGAUUCCUCAAUAACUCCAGAAAAGAAUUUGGAGAGGCUCUUGAAUACUAUGGACAAGACGAAGCGUACACCUUGGAGCACGAUCAUGCCCAGCGAGCCGAGUCAGAUGCAACCGGAGGUUCUAGAGGCGUUUCUUCGCUUCAAGCAUCCAGUGAGGCGGUCUAGUGAAUCUCCCUCAUUGCUCCAGAUUAUCAAGAUGGUCUUCACUCUUCCUUAUUCGCUCGAGAUUAUGAAAGCUUGGGUCAACGCAGCCGAGAACAGUCAAUCUCUAAGUCAAUUGCAAGAUAACAUCAUCGAGGCUGUCAGAACUGACGAUCGCACUCAUACCAAAGAGACCGAGCAGGCCACUGAGUCGAUUUUCCAAUUCUGCUGCUGGCAGUACGAUGACCUGGGGAGAACCGAGUUUGCCGACAGGCUUUUCAAAGCGUUCCUGUACAGCCCACUACGGUCCUCUGUACCUAUGCCCGCGCACAUCGCCUUGCGACUUGCUCAUUUCGUGCAAGAGAAAAGAGCUUGGGCAGUACAAUCCUACACUGAAAUUACCCGGCUCGUUGCCUGGAAAUGUGUAGAGAGUUUGGAUCCUGUCAGACUUCUACUCGAACAGUAUCCAAAAGAUCAACAGUUUGAAGAGCAGAUCGUCGUAGGAGUCAUUCUCAAUAUCAAGCUUGGCAUCGAGAUCAUGGACUUGAUGUGGAAGGAAUGGCCAGACCAAGUGGCCGUCACGCCCAGAAUACUCGAAGCAUGUUUGGUUGAUAACGGUGAUACAGUAGGAUCAUACUGUUUGACGCUCUUGCUCAGGAAGCGUCCACACCAGAUACAGAUCACAGAUUCUCUACUGCAGUCUGUGGCCCGAAGAUCCUACUGCGACACCUGGGAGGUGCUUCUUUGGGAGUACGAAACUCAAAUUAACAUGACUCAAGACAUUUUCCAUGCCAGUCUCCGGAACUUGAACGGUCGCCGGGAAUCAGUCAACAGCUUGCUUCGAAACUUACUGAGAAUGUGGCCGACUGAGACAAGAAUCACGAAUGAGACACUACUGAUUAUCAUGCGAAGAGUUGCACUGAGCAUCGACGUUAUAGUGCUUUUCUCUAAAGUGCGACACAGGGAGUUCGGAGCUGCCAUUGAUGGCGAGGUGCUCGUUGCCCUGGUUGAACGCGGAGCAUUCAAGACUCUCAAUCUCAGGUCACGAACCCUUGUGGAUUUCUUCUUCAAGCGAUAUCCCGACGAGUGUAGAGCCUCCAUCACAGAUGAGGUUCUGAGCAAGAUUGAGAAUAUGAAGGAUGGUCACGUCGUCGCAGAAUACUUUGAUGCCUUCCAACAAGGUUUGAUCAAUGAUCUUACCAUUGUCCUUGAUGUUCGUCCAAAGUCUUUGAAUAUCGACCUGACGAAAAACGUCGGAAGAAGAACCGCCGACGCGAUAUAUGGGUGGAAUGGCCUAGCUGGGCGACACGGGAAUUUU